CUGAUUGGCUGUCUCCAAGCGUUCCAGGAAAGUCAGGGCGUUCGCCCUGUGUCAAGGGACCGCCCGGUGGGAGCACGGAGUAAGGUUGCCAGAUUCCUAAGGUGGAAUCUUUCUCUUCCGGGUAGUACCAGAGUGAAAGUCCACAGGAGAGUUGUGAGAGGAACUCCGUGUCCAUCCCCUCUCCCUGUCCAGACAUCCGGCCAGUAUGUCCAGUGAUCCUCCUCCUCCGUACCCCGGAGGUCCCAGUGCCCCGCUCAUUGAGGAGAAGAAUGGACAACCUGAAACAGUUCCUAUAAGAACUGGUCCUCCACAGGGACAGCCCUUGCCUCCAGACUACGGUCCCCCACCUUACGAGGCCUCACAGCCAGGCUUCCUUCCCCCACAUGUCCCUGGAGAAGGGCCCAUGCCAAUGCCUAUGCCAAUGCCAAUGCCACCUCAAGGUGGCCCCUACCCACCGCCGCCAGGUCACUUUCCUCAUCCGAUGCCAGGACAGAUGGGCCCUGGUCCCAGUCACUUUGUCCACAUGGGAGGACACACAGCGACCGUCCUGGCUCCUCCAGGGGCAGCCACCACUGUGACCGUACUGCAGGGGGAAAUGUUCCAGACAUCACCAGUGCAGACUGUGUGUCCGCACUGUCAGCAGGCAAUCAUCACCCGCAUCUCCCACGAUGUCGGCCUCAUGAACACACUCUUCUGCCUCUUCUGCUUCUUUGUAGGGUGUGAUCUAGGCUGCUGCUUGAUCCCCUGCCUGAUUGAUGACCUCAAGGAUGUGACACACACCUGCCCUUACUGUAAGGGAUACAUUUACACAUACAAGCGUAUAUGCUAACCACCGACAGCUGUAUGCUACAGAGACAUGUACAAGCACACACAUAAACUCACAGCUCCUCCUGCUGGUAGUGACAAGCUCUUUUUUCUCCCCCCAUUUUUGCAAAGUGUUGUGUAGCCCUCUUAAAUUGUAAGUGCAGUUUUCUCAUGAGUUCACCGAAUAUUUACUGUAUAUAUCUUUCGGCAUAGUUCUUUCAUGUAUAAACAUGCAUUUAAAAUUUACAAAUGUCUCACUGAACUACAGAGGAUGUCGGGCACAAAAACAUUCACAGAGGUUGAUAGGCAGCAGAUAUACAGGUGCAUCUGAUCCUAUAUGGAAACCAGGAAAAAAAGGCUUGUGAUGUUAUGCAUGUAAAUGGGGAAAUGGGGAAAAAAAAAAAAAAAAGAUUGA